UCACAUCUGUACACGUAAACGCAUCGCCGACCACGAGAUAUUUCUAUACAUUCUUCUUCUCCAAAACAAAGAAAAAUAUAAAUCCCCAACCCUCCAAAACGCCGCCAUAGCUUUCAAUCAAAUCCACCUUUGAUGAUCAUAUAUGGUGGCGAACGAUUCCUAAAUCUUCAUUCUCAUGAUCCGCAACGGUGAAAUCACGAUCUGUUUCGCUAGAAAAUGCUCGCGAUUCACCUCUUACACAAAUUAGCUUCAAUCGCUUCUCGCAAUGUCAAGGCUCUUGGUGAUCAGAAAAAUUAAGAGAACAGCACAAGUAGUUCGAAGUCGAACAAGCAAUAGCGGAAUUCAUUCGGAAGAUGGAUCAAUCAUUAGAUCUUGUUUUAACAACUUCAAAUACAGGAUGUACUCUAGUAAUAGAGGGUUUGCUCCUAUUUUGGAAUGUAAAUCCAAGUUUUGUUUUGGCAAGAGUACAUUCUCCAACAGAAAUUAUUCAGUUUUAUCAGCCAAUAACACGAUAGCGCAUCAUGCCCAAAAUGCUUGGAGGAGGCUUUCCAUGAAUUUGGAUCGAGAUAAGCAAAUUUCUGGCAUAAAUAGGAUUGCUCAAGCAUUUAGUCUGGCAUUAAGUCGCUCAUAUGUUGUUCUUCCUGGGAUAUUUGCCUUCACAUGUGGUAAUAUGGCUUUGGCUGAUGCAGGGUCAAACUUUGGCUCUUUUCAGCCAAGAAAUACUUUAUACAUACGUGCUGAAAAUGGACACGCCAUCUUGAUUUCAUCAUUGAUUUGGGUAUUCGAGGGUUUGAUCUUGCUGUUCAGAGCUAUGUAUUUGGCAAUGCUGUUCUCACCCAGUAUGGCAAUGGCUCCAUUCGCAGAGUAUUUUGGGACGUCAUCUAGACAACGAUGGCUUCAUCUUGUACGCCGUACUUUAGAAAUAGCGGGUCCUGCAUUCAUUAAAUGGGGUCAAUGGGCUGCCACACGGCCUGAUCUUUUCCCGACAGACUUGUGCACUGAGCUCUCUAAGCUUCACAGCAAGGCUCCUGAACAUAGCUUUGCUUAUACAAAAAAGACAGUUGAAAAGGCUUUCGGUCGUAAAUUAUCAGAAGUUUUUGAUGAUUUUGAGGAAGUUCCAGUAGCUUCUGGAAGCAUUGCACAAAUCCAUCGAGCCUCUUUGAGGUAUAGAUAUCGUGGGAAGAGUAACAAGCCUUUAUUAGUUGCGGUUAAAGUUAGACAUCCUGGGGUUGGCGAAUCGAUUAAAAGAGAUUUUGAGAUUAUUAAUGUAGUUGCAAAGAUGUCUAAAUUUAUUCCUACACUUAAUUGGCUGAGAUUAGACGAAAGUGUUCAACAGUUUGCAGUGUUUAUGAUGUCACAAGUUGAUCUCGCACGGGAAGCUGCUCAUUUGAGUAGAUUUAUAUAUAAUUUCCGCAGCUGGAGGGAUGUUUCUUUCCCUAAACCUGUAUAUCCACUUGUACAUCCUGCUGUUUUGGUGGAAACUUUUGAACAAGGUGAAAGUGUAUCGCGUUAUGUUGAUGAACUUGAAGGACAUGUUCGGCUUAAGAGUUCUCUUGCACACAUUGGGACUCAUGCUCUUUUAAAAAUGCUGCUGGUGGACAACUUCAUUCAUGCUGACAUGCAUCCUGGGAACAUUCUUGUGAGGAGCAAAUCAUCGCGUAAAGGGAUCUUCAAAUCGAAGCCACAUGUCAUAUUUCUUGAUGUUGGCAUGACUGCAGAACUUUCAAAGAGCGAUAGAGUCAAUUUGUUGGAAUUUUUUAAGGCUGUUGCCCGCAGAGAUGGAAAAACUGCAGCAGAGUGCACGUUGAGGCUAUCAAAACAACAGAAUUGUCCUAAUCCUCAGGCCUUUAUCAAGGAAGUUACGGAGUCUUUUGAUUUUUGGGGUAGUCCAGAGGGGGACGUUGUACAUCCUGCUGAUUGCAUGCAUCAAGUGCUAGAGCAAGUGAGGCGUCACAGAGUCAAUGUGGAUGGAAAUGUCUGCACGGUCAUGGUUACCACUCUGGUUCUUGAGGGUUGGCAAAGGAAGCUUGACCCUGAGUAUGAUGUAAUGCAUACACUUCAAACAUUGUUGCUGAAAGAAGACUGGGCAAAGUCGCUAACCUACACAAUCGAAAGCUUGAUGGCCCCAUAAAAAGGUUGAUCCGUCUUGCCUGAAAAAAGUUUUGUAUUUUGUACUCGUAUAAUCCACGCGACAGUGGAAUUUUGUUAUGAAUAUAGCCUUUUUUUUUUUUUUUUUGGAAGGACAUUAGUAUAAGAUAUAAAGAAUGUGUGACAUUCUUUAUGAAAGGACCAUAUUGGCACGUGCUAAUUUAAUCUUUGGGUGGCAUAAAUGUUGCAACUCAAUGGAACUAUUAAUCAGUGUAUAUGUUGGAUGAACAUGUUUUUGUGUUGAGACA